UUUGCGUUUCGUGGCACUGCAAUUAACUAAGCAGCUAAGCGGAUACGCGGCAAAGCAUUUUGCACUAAAGCUAAAGGCGAAUUUUUGAUUUAUUAUAUUUGCUAAACAGAAGCAAAAGAAAAAAAGUGAAAUAGGGUCAGCAAAGAUUUUGCAAAUCCAAAGUGCCUUUAGUCGAAUUCUGUUGACGUUGUUGUCAACCGGUCAUCAGCUCGCGCGAUCAACUGCCGCAUUCCCGCCGCGCAGCUUUGCUGAUUGCAUUUGUUUAUUUUUUUUUCUGUCUUGUCUGUUUGGCUAUUUGUGUGUCGCCAUCGCUGAUCGCGUCUUUUCCCAACAAAAUUGCUCACUUUUGGCAUCUGGUGUUUUGGAACAGCGGACAAAAAGAAAGCAAAAGCCGAAACAUGCGUUCAACAGCGAUCGUAUUUGUCAUUUGCAUGGCGUUGGCCAUGAGCACAAUGACGCAGGCGGAACACAAUGCGCAUUGCAAGGAACUGAAUCAAGUGAACUGUUACAUGGGUCAGAAUGAAGGCUACUUCUGCAGCAAGAACGAACAUGCGGCCACACAGACGCGCUGGUUCUUCGACAAAGGAGUUUGUAGAAAAUUCAACUACAAAGGCUGCUACGGUAAUCGGAAUCGCUUUUGCACAAAGGAAGCCUGUGAGCGGCGUUGCCGAGGCUAAGUAGAGAAGUCAAGCUGGAAUUUAUAUAAAUGUAUGCCUUUUUGGAUGUCCGAUGGAAAUGCAAUUAUUGAUUUAUUUAUAGAUAAAUUAGCGAAAAAUACCUUAAGUAUAUUUUAAUGCCAAAUUUGUAUAUAUGUGAAACUAACGCAGUGCCAAAAAGCCAGGAAAAUUAUUCAUAUUUACCUGCAGAAGUGCAGUAAAUAAUGAUUCAGUUAAUUACGAAAUAAAUUUAGUACAUAAAUUUCUAUAGCCUAAGAUUUUAUAUAAAUAUUUACUUAUGUGUGUAUGUAUGUAGUUUAUAUGUAAAACGUGUUUGUAUACAUAAAAAAAUAUAUUUCGUUGCUAAUAAA